AUGCAUCCAGAAGUUUAUAUUUUAAUUAUCCCUGGUUUUGGUAUCAUUAGCCAUAUUGUUUCAACAUAUUCUAAAAAACCAGUAUUCGGUGAAGUUUCAAUGGUUUAUGCUAUGGCUUCAAUUGGUUUAUUAGGAUUCUUAGUUUGAUCACAUCAUAUGUAUAUUGUAGGUUUAGAUGCAGAUACCUUAAAAGUCUUAGUGUCGUUAAAUAUGGUAACAUAUUUAUUAUUAUUUAGCUAUAUGCCGGAAACUUUAUACUAUUCUAAGAUUAUAAUCCACUUAUUUAAAUUAAAAUAUUCGGAAAAAUUUAUAAUCUUAUUUAGAAAUAAUAUUUCUAAUAAUAAACAAUCGGCAAGUAAUUUAACUUCUUAUGAAAAUGAUAAAAUUUCUGAACAUAGACCAAUUUAUAAUAAAUUAAAAGAUGAUGAAUCUUUAGGUUAUUAUUUAUCUGGUUUAAUUGAAGGAAAUGGAAAUAUUGAUAAAAAAAUAAUUAGUAUUAAUAUAAAUUAUAAAGAUAUUAAAAAUGCUUAUUAUUUAAAAAAAAUAAUUGGUUAUGGUAGAGUUAUAAAAUAUUCAAAUACUAAUACUAAUACUAAUAUUAAUACAAAUGCCGCGACUUUUUCACAGUGUGAAAAAGUCGCGGCUAAUAUAAAUAGAAAUAUUAAUAUUAAAUUAAUUUUUGAUAAUAAAAAUGCAAGAAAAAGAGUAUUUGAAUUAAUUAAUGGUAAAUUAUUAGGUUUAUCUAAAUAUAAACAAUUAUUAGAUAUAGAAUAUGAUAAAGAAUUUAAUUUACCAAUUAAACCUAUUGUUAAUUUUAAUUUAUGAGAUAAUCCUUGAUUAUCAGGAUUUAUUGAUAGUAAAGGUUCAUUUAUUAUUAAAAUUAUUAAAUCAAAAAUAAAUAAAACAGAUUAUAAUAUUAAAAUUAUAUUAAAAAUUGAACAAGAAUAUAAUUAUUUAUUAAAACAUGUACAAAAUACUUUAGGUGGUAAUAUUUAUAUUUUAAAUAAAGAAAAUAAUAAAACAAUUUAUCAAUAUUCAUCUAAUAAUUAUAAAAAUGCUUAUAAUAUUAUUAAAUAUUUAUCAAAAUUUCCACCUUUACAUAAUAGUAAAUAUAUUCAUUUCUUAAAAUGAUAUAAAGUAUAUUUAAUUAUUCAAAAUAAAAAUCAUUUAAAUAAUGAAGGUUUAGAUAAAAUUAAAUCUAUCAAAAAGAACUUCAGAGACUAG